AUGGCACCAAAAAUCCUGAUCAUGGGGAAGCUGGUAUGGGCGCAGAAGGAGUGCGAGGAUCUGCUCAGUCCAGUAGCCGAGAUAGUGCACAUGCAGUCAGACAGCCGAGAGCAACUCUUUCAGCAGUUCGCUCCGGGAGGGGAAUACUCGGACGUGGUCGGGAUCUACCACGAGCAUCUCUCCGCCAAGCUCGUCGGUCAUCCCGACGCGGCUAUGAUGGAAGCUCUGCCCGAGUCGUGCAAGUGGUUCGCACACAAGGGAGCUGGGUACGACUCGGUCAAUGUAGAAGCAGCCAAGAAGAGGGGAAUCAUCGUUUCCAAUACGCCAGGCGCGGUCAACGAGGCAACAGCUACUACCGCGGUCUAUCUACUGAUCUCCUGUAUGCGGCACUUCAGCAUGGCCGAAGCGCAUCUACGAGCUGGCGGUUUCACCCCUCCCGGCGUCGAGCAGUCCUCCUUCGACCUCAGCGGCAAGACCAUCGGUAUCCUCGGCCUCGGAUCUAUCGGUAUCACCUUUGUCAACUACAUCCGUCCCUUUGGUAUGCGCAUGAUCUAUCACAAUCGCAAGCCAAACGCCCAGGCGCCGGAAGAUCUGACCUACGUGUCGGACAUGUACGAGAUGCUGGGUCAAGUGGACGUGCUGUUUGUCAGCUGCCCGCUGAAUGAGAAGACCAGGGGGCUGGUGGGAAAGAAGGAGAUCAGGUCGAUGAAGAAGGGAUCGAUGCUGGUCAAUACCGCCCGAGGGCCGAUCAUUGACGAGGAGGCGAUGAUUGAGGCUCUCCAGGAUGGACAUCUCUCUUCGGUCGGUCUCGACGUCUUUGUCAAAGAGCCGCAGGUGGAUCAGAGGCUCAUCGACAUGCCCCAUGUGACUUUGCUGCCCCACGUCGGGACGGAGAACCAAGAUGCGAGGCGCAAGAUGGAGGUUUUGGCUCUGACGAAUUUGAGGGACUUUGUAACCAAGGGCAUGGGGCCGACGCCUGUGCCAGAGUGUAUAUAG